UAUUAGCACUAGGGUUUGGGCCCUUAAAAUUUUGAAAUUCAAAUACAGCACCACAUUCAAAAACCACAGUAUUCCCAAUCCAUAACCACAUCAACAUUCAUUCAUUCUACUCCAUAGAAAAAGGAAAAACCCUAGAAAGUUGAAAAACAAAAGGAAAAACCCUAAUCCCCAUCUUUCAAUCACUCCCAAACACUCAGAUAUGGCCAAAAAGAAAGUUGCCAAUGCCCAAUCUCAGUCUCUCGACCACAAGACAUUAACCCCACAACCAACCACUACCACCGCUGAUGACUCUUCUGUUCAGAUUCAGAAUCUCAAGAACCUUAACAACGUUCUUCUCAAAGAAACUACUAAUCACAGAAACCGCAUUCAAGAGCUUCUUCAUUCAAGCCACACCGCCAUGGAUGCUGAGGCUAGAAUCUCUGAGAAAAAUUUUGCGUUGGAGAUUGAAAAGUCUGUGUUUUUUGUUUUUGCUAGGGCCCAUUUUGCUGAAUUAGGGUUUUGUUUUGAUAAGGUUGUUGAGGAGAGGGAUGAGAGAAAGUAUGAGGUUGAUGUUCAGAAGGAGAAGGUGAGUGAGCUUGUGUUGAGUCUCGAGAACGAGAAGCGGAAUGUGGAGAAGAUUAGGUUGGAAGGCGAGAGAAGGAUUGAAGAACUUGAAAAGGAUAGGGAUUUGGUUGUGAAGAAGUCGAUUGAGUCGGAGAAGGUGAUUGAUGAGUUGAAGGAGAAGAUUGAUUUGUUGGUGAAGGAGAAGAAUGAGAUUGAGAAUGUGAACAAUACUCGGGGGAGGAAGAUCUUUGACCUGGAACGUGAGUUGCAGCAACAUGUUGACCUUUUGAAAAACUCGCGGAAAGAAGAGGAGUUGAUGCGGGUUAAGAUUGUUGAAAUGGAAGAAACUAUUGGGCUUGCUGUGGAGAAGGAGAGGGAAAUGAUGGUGGAAAAUAGCAAUUUGGUUGGAGAGAAGAAGGAGAUGGAGAAGAGUAUUGAGAGUUUAACUGAGGCGAGAGAUGGUGUUUUUAGGAAACUUGAUGUGGUUCAGAGAGAGUUGGAGAAUAGGCAGCGUGAGGUUGAUGAAGCGAAUAGAGCGAGAGAUGAGAUUGAAAAGGUUAAAGUUAGUGGCGAGAACGAAAUUAUUGAGUUGUUAGGUGAAGUGAGUCGACUAAGGGGUGUUGUUGAUAAGUUGGAAAAGUCUUGCAAAGAGGUUGAAGAGAAAAAUGUUGGAUUAUGGUCUCAAGUGAAUCAUUAUAGGAAUGCUAUUCAAGAGGUGGAAUCUAUGAAUGAGCUCAACAGUAAGAAGUUUGAAGAAGAGAAAAACAAAGUGGAGAGUUAUGAGUCACAAGCUGUGGUAAUGAAGGAAAAAAUUGAUCAAUUACUUUCUCAAGUUCUAUCUUAUAAGAGUGCUGUUGAUGAAGUGGUGAUUGAGAGGGAUAACAUCAAAAAGGGAUAUGAUGAGGAGCAAAGCAAAGUAAAGAAUAUGGAGUCACAAGUUGUGGCAAUGGAGAAAAAGAUUGAGCAGUUACUUGCUCAAGUUCAAUGUUCUAAGAAUGCGGUUGAUGAAGUGGUGCUUGAGAGGGAUAACAUCAGAAAGGGAUAUGAUGAGGAGCAAACCAAAGUAGGGAAUCUGGAGUUGCAAGUUGCUGAGUUGAAGCUUGAGAAGGAUACCGUCAAGAAGGGUUAUGAAAAGGAGAAGAGUAAGGUGGAGAAUUUGGAGUCGCAAGUUGCAGGACUGAAGGAAAAAAUUGGAAAUGCUGAAGCUGAUUUGGCCAAGAUAAGAAGUGAGAAAGAGAAGAUGAAUGAGAAGAACAAGGGGCUGGGAGGCCGAGUAGAUGUUUUGACUAAGGAAAAGGAUGCUGCACAUAGUAGCCUUAUUGCAGCUCAACGGGAAUGCGACGAAUUGAGAGCUAAGUUUGACUCAUCACGCAUCGUUUCAAAGCAGGCCUUGGAAUUGUUGAAGAGUACUGCUGCUGCGGUUGUGGUUAAGGAAAGUGCGGAAGUGAUUCCUCGCAGUGGGAAGAAGAAACACGAGAAAGAAGAAAUUCAGUCUUUUGCUGAAGAACUAGAGGCGAUAAAGAAAGCAUUCAAAGUUAAGAAUGAAGCGGUGGAUCAGAUGAAGCUACAAGUUGUAUCACUGCAGAAGUCUGUGUCUGAUGCACAUUCAGGUAAGCAUUUAUGGACCGGGAUAUCCUCUGCUGCUACUGCAAUUUUUGCCGCUGCAUUCACUGCCUAUAUUACUACUAAAGGUCGCUGAAAUGUAGUCCUACUUAAUCUAUAAUAUUAGUUUUUGUAAUAGGAUCAAGAUAUACCUUGGUUUUUGGCCAAACAAUCUUGAUCCUUUAUCAACGAAGUAGUUACUUUUGUUUUAACAUCUUGAUCUUUGCUUAGUCUAUAUUGAUAGAUGGAAACUUGUGGAAAUGUGGUUGCGCUAACUGCCUAACUAUAAUAAAAUGAACCAUCUGCUAUUUGGUCUUAA